GUCUGUACGUGUGUGUGUAUGCGUGCAUGCAUAUGUCUUUGUGUGCGCGUGUGUGUGUGUGUGUGCCUGGUUCUGGCCUAUCCCCUGGGCUGAGGUGUGGUGAUGUACUGCCCAGUGCUCCCUUUGCCCCUAUAUGGAACCCACACACACACACACACCCACACACACACACACACACACAUUGGCUCACUGCUGGCCCUAUUCCCAUCACGCAGUGUGACUCUAGCCACAGUCAAAGUCCUAGAGAGAGGAGAGAGGACGUGUGUUUCUGAGACAGAGGAGUCCAGAAGACUCCGGCUCACUCUACAAGACCAGCACCAGGAGCAGAACUACAGCAAGCCAAUCGGACGAGCUUUUGCUGUGGUGCAGCCUCCCUCUGAGAGGGAGCCUUUAAAGAGUGAGCCAAUCAAACCCGGGGACGAGAAGGUUGAAGUCAUAAAGGUGUAUCUGAAAGCUCGUGAACAGCAGCAGACCCAACACCAGCAGAGUCUGAGGAUGCUCUCAGAGGAAGUGUCACAAAUUCAAGAGGUGAGAUAUUGUCUGAAGAACUUGAGGGAACAGAUGGCUGCCAAAAACAACACCUACAAAACAGAGAGCAGGAUCCGCUUAUCCACCACUGGUUCCAGAGACAACCUCUGCUCAUCAUCAUCGUCGUCAUCAUCAGUGCCAUCUUCAUCAGCAGCAACAUCCUCAUACUCUACAGCAGAACAGAACCAUGACAACACUCAAGACUGGGGGGAUGAGCAGGAGAGGGCUCGGAUGAGGGAGGUCAGUAAGAGACUCUACGCCCAGCUGCAGGGAGGCUCUAGAAGAAAUGAGGAGAAUAAGCAGCAGCAGCAGAGGGAGGCGGGUCAGUAUAAGCAGCAGCUGUCCGAGCAGGGUGACCGGCUGCGGGAGGCGGAGCAGACGGCCGAGCAGCAGGACCAGCGGAUUGAGCAGCUCCAGCGUCUCCUGUCCGGCAUGGAGCAGGAGAGCUCGGGCCUGAGGGAGGAGCUUAUGACACGGGAGGCGGAGCUUCUGCAGCUCAGAGAGCAGAAGGAGGAGGGGCUUGAGGACAGGAAGCGGUCAGAGGAGCUUUACCAGGAGAAUGCUCUCCUGAAGGAGAAACUGCACCACCUAGACGACAUGCUGAAGUGCCAGCAGAGAAAGCUCAGAACCAUGAUUGAACAGGUGCAGAACUCAAAGAUGGUGAUCCAGGAGAGAGACCGGGUGAUCAGAGAGCUGGAGGAGAAAGUGGCCUACCUUGAAUCUGAGAACAGAGAGAUGCACGACCAGAUGGAUUACUAUCUGGGAGGUCAGAGGCGAAACUCCUACCUGUCAUCUGACCAGAACCCCCAGAUCGUCUACAGUAAGCCUUUGAGGCCCUCUACACAAAGCAGCAAGUCUCUGCCCUUCAUCAAGGUCAUUGAGAUCAAAUCGUGAGUGGGCAAGAUGGUUUCGCUGUGGUAACACCACGGCCACUGCCACUGCCACAGAGCACUCAGCCCAGCCUUCGUAACCCGUAAGGAAGGCCACAUCUGCAGCAGCACCACCAAUUGCCAUGGCAGCAUCACAGCUCAGCAAUUUCAUGCAUUUCACCAACUGACCAUCUCAACCGCAUUGUGCACCGAUUUUCACACUAUGUGUGUUAGUGUGUGAGUGAGUGUGUGUGUGUGUGUGUUUAAGUUCUAAGUGACUCCAUCUGUUUUCUGCCAUUUAUAGUUGGAUUUACUGUAGCUUAGCUUCAUACUCAGUCGGUUGUAGCACCUGUGUGCCCUUUUCCAUGUACAGUACAUAUGAACACUAUGCAGCCACAGCUUGCUCUGAAACAAGCUAAAUCUAGACGCAUGCUAAAUCUACACACACCUACACACACACACACACACACACACACACACACACAAACAGAAGGGAUAUGAAGGGAUAAAGAAACAGGUCAUGAAAAGGAAGGCUAAUGAGAGAUGGGUUAGUGCAAUAAAACAGGGGGUUGGUAGGGAGACAGAAAGAAAGAAAUUUGAUUUAUCACUGAAUUUGCUACAGUUUCCCUCCUGACAGCACAUGUAAACACAUCUUAGCUGUCGAACCCAGUUUACCUCAGUCUGUUAACACACACGCACAACACACUGCAACUGAUUAAGGGGCUUUAACACGGCUACUCAGAUUAACAAGAACAGGGCUGAUCUUUAUACAGAAAGACAAGCAGCAGACACAGCAGUGGGCUGUGUGUGUGUGUGUGCGUGUCGUGCGUGGGGGGAUAAAUAAGCGAAGGGCUGGGGUAAUUGUUCUCUAUCAUGUUUGAAUCAAGACCAAACGGGAAGCUGGAUCAUCCCUGAUGAUGAGUUAUGGGGAAGGGAUGUCGUGUCGAUACUGGCCUCGAGCAUUCCAGAGCACACCCGCAUGUCAAGUCGAGUCAAGUCUGUCGCCUGGAGUCAGGCAUAGUUUUUAGGUUAAUGGAAAAAAAUCACACGUGCUGAUUAGAUAAGGAAGAAUGUGUUAUACACUGUGGUGAAUUCAAUGAAGUAGCUAGCGGCUAAAUUAAAUACCAAAAGAACUAUUUCAAAAUUUCUGAUAAUUCAGUCCAUUUUAAAUCUAAGCCAGUCAGAGUGAGGGGUCCAUUCGGGACAGGAAAUGGGAAAUGACAUCGCAGAAUCAGAUUUUUUUUUUUUUAAAGUAGUGUCACUAUGGCAGCUCUGAGUGUUUGUUGGGACUCAGAGGCUCAAACAGGCAGGGUUUCAAUAGCAAUAACCUAUAAACCAUCUCUUCCUCUCUAUCCCACUGACGUUUAAGACAUUAGACUAUAACACACCUUCUUUCUUUUGCUCUCCUUUUUGUACAGUUUAUGACCCUUUAUUUCAUGUAGUUGCAUAAACGUUGGAGGGAGACCAGUCCGACAAGUCUGUUAUCAUCUGUGUGUGUGUGUGUGAGAGAGAGAGAGAGUGAGGGACUCUGAUCGGAACUCAAUGACAUCACCUAUGUGUGCGUGUUCAUGCAUGUGUGUGUAAUGUCGAAGGAACAUGGCAGGUUGCAUCACUGCAGCUGUGCUGACAUAAGGAAUAUGAAGAAGAUGAUGGUGACAAUGAAGAGUAUUUAACACACAGCAAUGUGUCCUAUUUAAUGUUGAUCCCUGAUAGGAAACACACAUGUUCAGUUCAGUAUCAUGAAGCUUUUUUUCUUAAUGGUUAAGUUUGUACAUAGUAUCAUGUUUGUGUUAGAGUCCUUCAUUUUCCUGUGUUAUUUACUUUUGCUAUCCUGAAAAACUCUGUAGCACUAAGCCAAAGGCUUUCUCCUGAUGCUCUGUAAAUAGUGAAGGCUUUUUUGUAGUUAUUUUUGAUGUGAUCUAGAAAGCAUGUAAUAACUUAUAUCUAAAUACUGUGUGAAUGCUUUGAAUAUUUCAAUAAAUCAGCCCAAAUCGUUA